UGACGUCAUCCGCUCAGUCUCCAAACUGGGUUAGGGUUGAUGAGACCCUGUCGACGGUCCAGCGUUUGCGUUUCAUCGGCUUUUCCCAUCUUCGAGUGUUAAACUCAACUUUUUAAACUACAUAAAACGAAAGGCAGAAGAACGAUGGGUUGCCUGGACUGCUGUAUCAGGUGUCUGGGAGGAGUUCCCUAUGCGUCUCUGGUGGCCACCAUCCUGUGUUUCUGUGGAGUGGCUCUGUUCUGUGGCUGUGGGCACGUGGCACUGUCUGGCACCCUCACCAUACUGGACACUCACUUUUCAAAGAAUGCCAAUGACCAUGUGAUGCUUACGGAUAUCAUCCAGUUGAUGCAGUAUGCAAUCUAUGGCAUUGCUUCCUUCUUCUUCCUGUAUGGCAUCAUUCUUCUGGCUGAGGGCUUCUACACCACCAGUGCAGUCAAAGAACUACGCAGCGAGUUCAAGACCACCAUCUGCGGUCGCUGUAUCAGCGCCAUGUUUGUGUUUCUGACGUACGUGCUGGGCGUGGCCUGGCUGGGUGUGUUCGGGUUCUCGGCUGUGCCGGUCUUUCUCUUCUACAACAUGUGGUCGACCUGUGCCUCCAUACAUGUCGGUGACAUGCCUGCCAACCCGCACACCAAUGAUUCCAUAUGUGUGGACAUGCGCCAGUACGGAAUCAUCCCAUGGAACGCAUCCCCCGGGACUGCAUGCGGCUCCACACUGCUGGACAUCUGUAACACCAGUGAGUUCUACCUGUCCUACCACCUGUACAUCGUAGCGUGUGCUGGAGCUGGAGCCACCGUCAUUGCUCUGAUCCACUAUCUCAUGAUCCUCUCAGCGAACUGGGCGUACCUUAAGGAUGCCAGUCACAUGCACGCGUACCAAGACAUCAAAACGAAGGAGGAGCGAGAGCUGCGAGACAUCCAAUCGCACUCCAAAGAAUGCCUCAAUUCCUACUCAUAAGGACGGCCCCUCCCAGGCCGUUGUACCGCCCCCCGGAGGUCAGGGCGGAGGGAAGAACACCAGCACUACAGCACAGACUAACCCUGCUCCUAACACACUAAUGCAGCCUUCAUCUCCAGCCUGCACUAACCCUCCAUGCAGUCUGCAGGAACCUACACUUUUUUUACUUAAUGCUAUAUAAUGGUUCUGUACAGAUACCUUGGGCUUUACUUAAUCAUAUACUGGUUUUGUACAGAUAUGGGCUUUACUUAAUCAUAUACUGGUUUUGUACAGCUAUCAUGGGCUUUACUUAAUCAUAUACUGGUUUUGUACAGCUAUCAUGGGCUUUACUUAAUCAUAUACUGGUUUUGUACAGCCAUCAUGGGCUUUACUUAAUCAUAUACUGGUUUUGUACAGCCAUCAUGGGCUUUACUUAAUCAUAUACUGGUUUUGUACAGAUAUGGGCUUUACUUAAUCAUAUACUGGUUUUGUACAGCCAUCAUGGGCUUUACUUAAUCAUAUACUGGUUUUGUACAGAUAUCUUGGGCUUCAGUGUUUAAUGGCCUUUUUGUUACUGCAGCCCUUUUUCUUAAAACAUUAAAGCUAUUCAAAAGAUGAAAAAAGCAUUUUAUUUGGAGCUGGCAGCUUGUUGAAAGGGGGUUGGAUAGUUUGCAAUCUUUUAUUUUUUGCCAUUUUAGCAUGUUCACAGCACAUGUUGAUGUGCCUUCCAAGACAAAAAUAUAUUGUCCUACUGAUUACUUUUUUAUUUUUAGCAAAUCUGAAAGAGACAUGUGAAAGAAUGGAUUGUGGGUUUUUGAAUUCUGUAAUUCAAAAAAAAGAAUCAAAUUCCAGAUUUUUCCAAUUUCUCCACAUGGGUAAUAAUUCUCAUAAUUAUUACCAGGAUUCUACAGUCUUGAGAACACUGUGAACACCAUUGGCUGAGCAGUGUUGCUGGUAAAUGCCCCAACCUGUUCAGUUGGUUAGGGUUAACGUUUGGGUGAACCCAUUAGCGUUAGGAUGAACCCGUUAGGGUGAACCUGUUCAGUUGAGUGUUUCAUGGGUUCCUAACACUUGGCAUGUUAUCACAGGAAUAAAAAACAAAACAAAACAAAAAACCCAUGGAGAAUUAAAAAUGUCUACCUCACAUGCACUGCUGACUGUUUUUCGGUUCCUAUUGUACAUCAUCUGGUCUUCCUUAUGAAACGUGACCAACCAGUAACCAGCAAAGGUGGACUGACCCUAACAUCUAAUGGGUGAUAUUUUUUAUCUGUGCUCUGUGCUUUAAAUAUACACGAAGUUGUGAUUUUUUAUAUACAAUUGUCUUCCCAACCACUGAUGAAGUGACAUUUUAAUGAGCUAAUGGAAAAUAUAUUGAUACUGAACUUUUUUUUUUUUUUUUACACAAAUAUAGAAAGAAAAAAAAUCUAAUUGCAUUUCAGUAUAUUUUUAUGUGAGGUAGUUAUUGACAAAAAGGCUUAGUUCCUAGUAAGAGGAGAUUUACAGAGUUUUGAUGUGUACUCAUUUCUGUAUGAAGGACAAAAUUUGUUCUGUGGUGAUACAGAUGUCAUUUGUACCGACAUAUAUGGUAGGCAGGGUUUGCCUCUUUCCUGAAUUAUAUACUUCAUUUAUUGAUUUAUUUUUAGUUAUAGUACUAGCUCAAGUAGAAAUUAUUCAUUACAUUUAAUUCAUAAAUAUGAAUUGUUUAUAUUUUUUGUAACCUAAUAGUGUUUUUAUCAGCUAUUGAGGGAUUUGACAUUUAAUUGGUAUUUGAUGUUAUAUUGAUUUAUGAUGGCAUCCAUUGUUCACAAUUAUCCCAGAGGUGGAUGCAGCAGCUGUGACCCUGUGAGAUUAAGGUAUUGGAUCUUGAUACACAACAGUCUCUGAAGUUUAAAAGUCAACGUACUGAGAAACUGAUCAAAAUGACCAAAAUGCAUUUACAGCUGAGGUAAGAUGGUAAACAGAUUUAUUUCAGCAAAAUUGUUCUUCGCCAGUCUCCAAGUGGGAAUACAACUGGUCAUUACAAGUGAAUUAUUACAACCAUGGAGUAUGUUUAUGUUUAAGAACUUGGACAUGGUUUUCUUUUACUAGGCACAUGGGUAACGUUAUAUGUUCUGCAAACAAACACAGUGCAAUGUUGGAUUCUGCAAAUUCCCUUAGAAAUGUAUUAACAAGCUUGAUAAACAUUGUUAUGAAAAAUGAAAUAAAGGGAAAAAAUCUUUCCA